AACAAGCAGGUCUCAUGGCCGUCGCCGAUCUCUUGCUUUCCAGAUAGCCUGCUCUUUUCACUUAUUCCCUCCAUUAUUUCGCUCCAACAAUAUCUCCGACAAGACUUGUUUAACUGCUUAGAUUUAACCAGACCAGAUAAAAUGCACAGCACCAGGAAGGAGAAAUACACUAUGUGAAUGCCAAUAGUUCGUGGCAAGAAAGUUGAUGCGGCUUUCUCCUUCGUCUAGUGAGUUCUUCAAGGAGCUCCUCCAGUACACUCAGCUGAAACACCUCCAUAAAGGUCGAGCUUUGCAUGCUCGCAUCAUCAAAAGCGUUUCGCCUUCUUGUAUUUUCCUCGAAAAUAGCCUCGUCAAUUUCUAUGCCAAGUGUGGUCACCUUCCGAAGGCCAAGGUUGUUUUCGACAACAUCCGUGACAAGGAUGUCGUCUCGUGGAAUUGCCUCAUCAAUGGGUACUCUCAACAGGGACCCUCUGGCUCUUCCUUCGUCAUGGAACUCUUUCGGUGUAUGAUUGCAGAGAAUACCUCCCCCAACGCCCACACUUUCUCUGGUGUCUUUACUGCGGCCUCCAAUUUGCCUGACAUUUCUGGUGGCCGGCAAGCGCACACGGUCGCUAUCAAAACGGCAAGCUUUUAUGAUGUUUUUGUCGGGAGUUCGCUUCUUAAUAUGUAUUGCAAAACGCGUUUUGUUGACGAAGCUCGUAAGUUGUUUGAUAGAAUGCCUGAAAGGAACCCAGUUUCUUGGGCUACAAUGAUUUCUGGGUAUGCUACGCAAGAGAUGGCUGAAGAGGCUCUGGAGCUUUUUGAAUGCAUGCGUUGUGAAACAGAGGGCGAGAACGAGUUCGUGAUUACUAGUGCCCUAAGUGCUCUGACAAUUCCUGAACUUGUGGACACGGGUAGGCAGAUUCAUUCUCUCGCCGCUAAGAACGGGCUGUUGUCAAUUACCUCUGUGGGAAAUGCUCUUGUAACGAUGUAUGCUAAAUGUGGGAGCUUGGAUGAUGCACUCAAGACAUUUUACUUGUCUGGGAAUAAAAAUUCGAUCACAUGGUCGGCAAUGAUUACUGGUUAUGCACAAAGAGGGGAUUCAGAUAAGGCGGUGAAGUUGUUUCAUAAUAUGCAUCUCUCCGGAGUCGUGCCUAGUGAAUUUACUCUUGUCGGGGUUAUCAACGCUUGCAGUGAUCUUGGUACUCUUGUAGAAGGAAAGCAGAUGCAUGGUUAUGCGUUGAGGUUAGGUUAUGAAUCACACAUGUAUGUUUUGACAGCUUUAGUGGACAUGUAUGCAAAAUGUGGCAGCAUAGCCGAUGCUCGCAAGGGCUUUGAUUAUCUACGGCAACCUGACAUUGUUCUCUGGACUUCUAUCAUAACAGGGUAUGCACAGAAUGGGGAUAGUGAAGGUGCUUUGAAUCUGUACGGCAAAAUGCAAAUGGAAGGAAUCAUUCCCAAUGAACUUACUAUGGCAAGUGUCCUAAAAGCCUGUUCUAGCCUAGCUGCUUUAGAUCAGGGAAUGCAAAUUCAUGGGCGGAUUGUAAAGUAUGGUUUCAGCUUGGAAAUCCCAAUUGGAAGUGCUCUUUCUGCCAUGUAUGCAAAAUGUGGAAGUAUGGAUGAAGGGUACCGUGUUUUUCGUAGGAUGCCUACUAGGGAUGUAAUUUCAUGGAAUGCAAUGAUAUCUGGACUUUCUCAAAAUGGUUAUGGCAGUGAAGCCUUGGAGUUGUUUGAGGAGAUGCGGUUGGAGGGCACAAAACCAGACCAUGUCACAUUUGUGAAUCUUCUCUCUGCUUGUAGUCAUAUGGGACUAGUGGAGCAUGGUUGGAAUUAUUUCAAGAUGAUGUAUGAUGAAUUCAGCAUUGUUCCCACAGUCGAGCAUUAUGCAUGCAUGGUUGAUAUCUUGAGCCGUGCUGGUAAACUGAAUGAGGCAAAAGAGUUCAUUGAAUCAGCAAAGAUUGAUCAUGGUUUUUGUUUGUGGCGCAUAUUACUGGGGGCCUGCAAGAACUAUCGUAAGUAUGAUCUCGGUGCCUAUGCUGGAGAAAAACUAAUGGAGUUGGGCUCGCCUGAAUCAUCCGCAUAUGUUUUGUUAUCAAGUAUUUAUACAGCCUUGGGCAAGUGGGAAGAUGUAGAGCGUGUAAGACGGAUGAUGAAAGCCCGAGGGGUGACUAAAGAGCCUGGUUGUAGCUGGAUUGAGUUAAAGAGUUUAGUUCAUGUGUUUGUUGUUGGGGACCAAAUGCAUCCACAAAUUGAUGAGAUACGAUCAGGGUUACGUUUAUUGACCAAAUUGAUGAAAGACGAAGGAUAUCAACCUUGUCUGGAUCCAUUGCCUGUCAGUGCUAGCGAUGAUUUGGAAGAUCAAGAAGGCAGCCUAGGCGUACGAAUGGCAGGUUUUGUGGCUAGGAACAACAUUGGGAAAGAUUAUAUGCUCAUGCAAAAUGAUCUUCUCUCUCUCGCUUAGUGCUUUGGACUUUGUAGUAUUGAAGUUUUACUGGGACGGUGGGCUAUAAAUACAGAGGCCAACCAAACUAAGAAAUUCUUCAAUAUACGUGGUUUCUGAAAAUUUUGCAGAUCAAAGCGCUUAUAGAUAGACACUGAGCAUAUCUUGGGCCCUCUGUGACUUCCUUAGAUGUCUAUCUAUUAUAGUCUUAGGUCAUUUACUCUCAUAAACUGGGCCUACUCAAUAAUCCAUAACAUGUGCCAGCAACUGGUUUAGUUGUGAGAUUGAUUCCUAGGCAUAUAGUGGCAAGAAGAUUCAUACUGAGGUCAUUCUUUUUGGACAACCUGCUACAAUGUUGUACUCAUCCGAAUCCUGAUAUUAGAGUAUAUUAGUCCAAAUUUUCAACAUUCAUUCUUGUAAAUGUAAAGAGUGUAUUCAGAGGAAAACAGAGUGAAAAGAAUUGAUCCACAUACACAA